CAUCACACAACGCCCAUUCGCCAUCAGGCCCCUCAGUCAAAGUUAUGUAUAAAUCACUCUUCCGCCAUCUCACCUUCGAUUUCCUUCUUCCCAACCACCAUGGCCUUCCCUACUCCUCAAGGCUCUCAUAGCUCUACCUUCUCCCCACCGCCCGUCGACGGCUCUCUCUUUCUUCCAGAAAUCUACGAUUAUCUUGGUCAGAACAGCCCAAAUCAUCCCGUCUUCGUUUACGAUGAAAACUCUACUCUUCGCACAAUUACUUGGUCUCUCCUCGCUCGUGCAAUACAUACUGCCGCAAGACUAGUUGAAGGUCAUAUUCGUCCGGGGGAUAAGAAGAAGAAUUCUACAGUCGUCGCAAUUCUCUCCACUUGUGAUUUCAUCACUAACUUCGUUCUUGUCGCCGGCAUCAUGCGCGCUGGCUAUCAAGCAUUUCCAAUAUCAACCAGAAACUCUGCUGUCGGUAUCGCCCAUCUCGUCAGAACAACCAGAGUCAAGUACAUGUUUGUUGGAGAGACUUCUACAAAUCAACGUCUGGCUGCAGCAACCUGCGCUCAACCUUCCAUCGACGGUCCAGUGGGAUCUUAUAUGAGUGUCCAUACGAUGCCCAUGUUCGAUGCCCUCUUUUUGCCACCGGACGCGCCCUUCGUCCCGCUCCCUCCUAUGCCUCAUCCACACCCUAAACAUGGUGGCCUCAUUCUCCAUUCAUCGGGGACCACUUCAUUCCCUAAACCCGUUUACUUUUCACAACAGACCCUUUUGCAAUGGGGAAUGAUUCCUUAUUUUGGGGAGACAGAUCUAUGCGGUACAAUCAUAUCCUAUCACUCUCUGACAUUGCCAUACGCCCUUGGUGCAACUUGCAUAACCUGGGCACCUAUCUCCGGCAUUACCGUAGCAACAUUUCCUCCCACCGUCGACGCUCCGGUCCCAACUCCGGAGCGUGUUUUAGGUGGUGCUUUGGCUACCUCUUCCUCAAUAAUUCUGUGCGUUCCCGCGUUUAUCGAGGCUUGGGUUAAAGACCCCGAGCAAGCGGCCGAACUCAGAGGCUUCAGUCACAUAUUCUUUGCGGGCGCUCCUCUUCGUAAGGAGUCUGGUGACCUCGCUAUUUCUUAUGGUAUUCAAAUUAAUUCCUUCUAUGGAGCUACGGAAAUCGGAUGUGCUUCAGUCUUUGUUCCCAAGGGUCCAGCGCCCAAAGAAUGGGAAUACUUCAAGUUUUCUCCUCAUGUAAAACCCAAGUUGGUCCCCCACUCUGAGGACGUGUAUCAGUUGAUUAUGAUGCAAAGUCCGUGCUGUACCCUGGAUGUAAUCAAUGUCGAGUACGACGGUGAACGUGGGUACAACACCAAUGAUCUCAUCACAAAGCAUCCCACCGUCCCCGAUCUCUGGCGGGUAUGCGGGAGGGCUGAUGAACAGAUUAUCCUCUCAACUGGAACCAAGACUAACACACUUCCCAUCGAAUCCGCAAUAUCUCGGCACCCGUUGGUCCGCUCGUGUCUCGUGUUCGGCCAGGGUCGCAACCACAUUGGUAUCCUUGUGGAGCCAGCGCCCACUCGUGUUUUUGACCCGGACAAUGAAGCCGACCUGGAAAAAUAUCGUAAUGAAAUAUGGCCUGCCGUGCAGGAAGCCAAUGAGAUGUCGCCAAUAUAUUCUCGAAUUUUCAAGGAGAUGAUUCUGGUUACCAAGCCCAGUAAACCCUUCAUAUACACGAUGAAACAAACCCCGAAGAGGAAAGACAUUCUCGCCCACUAUGCACCCGAGAUUGAAAAAUCAUAUGGACUAAGCGAAGUUUCGAAUCAAGGACUUCCGGAGAUCACAACGCCAGAGGCCUGGGGUGUUGAGGAAUGCACGAACGUAGCGAGGAUGGCAGUACAUACCGUUUUGAUGCAACCAUUAGGGGACGAUAUGGAUAUCUUCCAAGCCGGUUGUGACAGCGUGCAAGCGACACAAGUUCGAAUGGCGUUAUUCCAGAGUCUCCGUCGAGCGAUGAAAGUAUCCACACGCCAGAUACCACACAAUUUUGUGUAUUUCAAUCCUACUAUCAGGCGUCUGGGCACAUACAUUGCCCAGAUCGUUCACUAUGGACAUUCGUCCGUUGCUUUGGCGAUGCUAUCGGGGAAGAUAUCGGAGAUGGAGGGAUUAGCCCUGAAGUAUGGCUCUUCGUUCCCAACACACCAGCCUUCGCCCACUGCUUCCUCGUCGUCAUCACCACCACCCGGGGAUGUCGUGCUUUUGACCGGGAGUACAGGCUCCUUUGGAACAUACAUUCUUGAAAGCCUCAUCAAAGAUCCAGCAGUGUCAAAAGUAUAUGCACUGAACCGUCAGGAUGUAAGGGGCGCUCGAUCAGUCUAUCUGCGCCAGUCUGCGCGCUUGAGCGAGCGUGGUCUGGAUUUCAACAUUCUCAAUUCCAAUAAGCUCGUCCUUUUGGAAGGAGAUGCUGCAUUAGACAACCUUGGUUUGCAAAACGCCAUUUUCGAAGAGGUCCGCUCCAGUAUAACUUGCAUUAUACACGCAGCCUGGAACGUCAACUUCAAUGUUGCUCUAAGCACAAUGGAGCCCUUGAUUGCGGGCACUAGGCGCUUGGCAGAUCUGGCGCUGAGCUCACCACAUCAAACACCUCCUCGGCUACUUUUUGUCAGCAGUGUCAAUGUGUUCAACAAUUGGACUGGAGGGACCAUAGCACCUGAAGCCUUCAAUUCACGUCCUGCUACAGCAAUUGGUUCUGGUUAUGCCGAAUCAAAGUGGGUUGCGGAAAAGAUCCUUGUGAAGGCGGCGGAGCAGACUACACUGAGGCCAUGCAUCGUCCGGAUAGGACAGAUAUGUGGUGGACUCGAUGGCAGCUGGUCUGCCGCUGAGUGGUUCCCAACACUGGUUGCAUCUGGACCAGUCUUGAGGUGCUUACCACAGGCGCAAGGAUAUAUUUCAUGGAUACCAGCACACCAUGCUGCGAAUGCUUUGAAUGAUAUACGCAGAAGCCUGACGUGCAGUCGAAGCGAUUUUGAAGAUAUCGAUGAUAUGGAUGUUGACUCGACAGACGAUAUCCCCUACUCGCCUGGUGCCUCGUCCGACUCCUCUGUGUCCUCUCUAGAAUUUACAGAUUCCGAUGGGAGCCACGGACAACCAUCACCAUCGACACAAGACAUGUCGCCACCAAUUUCUUUUCCCCCAGAGAUUUCACCCACGGACAACGUCAAGUUCAUCCAUCUCGUUCAUCCACAUCCAGUUCCUGCCUCUCCAAUGAUGGAGAGACUAGGAGAACUUCUUAGCCUUCCUCUGGUCCGAUAUUCAGAGUGGCUGAAUGCACUAGAGGCGUCUGCAACUACCUCUUCAUCUAUUCCCGGUCCAUCUUCAUCCUCCUUAUCCAACCCAGCCAUAUCAUUGUUACAUUUCUAUCGAAGCGCGAGGUUACCGAGUGCAGCAGACUCUGAAGCAUUUGGUUUCACUCCGAUGAAAACAAAUAACGCCGUGGAGACAGUCCCUUGGCUCGAUACCCUCGAGCAGAUAGGGAAGGAAGACGUUGAUAAGUGGGUAGGGUAUUGGAGUAGGGUAGGGCUGUUGAGAUCGUGAUCGUUGCGCUAGACUCAAAACUGUCAGUGUAUUCAUUAUCUUCUGUUUUUGCCCACUUCUUCUUUCGUUUCCUGUGUGUAUGGACUUGGACAACCUGUAUUACCUCCGUUUCCGAUUUACGAUAUACGCGGUCAUUAUGUAUGAGUAGUAACCUCCUUCGUUUUCUCCUUACUUUUUUGUUCACAAGAAUUUCACUCUCUUCAUCCUAUUAUGUAAAGCACCGUCAUCGAACGACCGUGCGUAAUUUUUCGCUAGAGCGAAGCUUCUCCAGUCAAUCCAUUUCUGAAUAAAGAAGCUGUAU